AUGGAUGGUCUAGAGCUGAACUGGCGGGUAAAUCGCUCUCUUCCCCUUCCACUGGGCUCUGCUCAAUAUCCUGAGCUCAGACUUGACCUGCUCGACAGGAAAGGUUCCUGCCUGCAGCUCGCUGCCAUGAGGAAUGUGAACAUCAUCCUGCAGCACUACAACUUCACAGGCAAGCUGACCAACCGGCAGUCUGGGGAUGAGGGCAUGGGUCUCAUCCGCACAGCCUUUGCCAUUGUCAGCUGCAUCAUCAUCCUGGAGAACCUGCUUGUGCUGCUGGCCAUCCUGCGGUGUCUGCGAGCUCGCCGCUGGGUCUACUCCUGCAUUGCCAGCAUCACCGUAAGCGACCUGCUUGCAGGAAUUGCCUACCUUUCUAAUCUCUGCCUCUCAGGCAAGAAGACCUUCCAGCUUUCACCUCAGCUCUGGUUCCUGCGGGAAGGCAUCCUCUUCAUUGCGCUAGCUGCCUCCACCUUCAGCUUGCUUGUGACUGCCAUUGAGCGCUACAGUGCCAUGGUAAGGCCAAUUGCUGAGAAUGAAGCCAGCAAGACCCUGCGCUUACGCAGCCUGAUCAUCUCCUGCUGGCUGCUGGCCUUCAUCAUUGGACUGCUUCCGCUGCUGGGCUGGAACUGUCUGUGCGACUUCAAUGCCUGCUCUGUCCUCCUGCCUCUCUACUCCAAGAACUACAUCCUUUUCUCCGUAGUCAUGUUCAGCAUCAUCCUCCUGGGGAUCAUCGGCCUCUACAUCUCCAUCUUCCAGCUAGUCCAGGCCAGUUCUAAGCAAAUCAGUUCUCGGCACAGCCGCAAACGGUCACUGCGCUUGCUCAAGACUGUGCUGAUGAUCCUGGGUGUCUUCAUCCUCUGCUGGAGCCCACUCUUUGUCCUGUUGCUCCUUGAUGUCUUCUGCGAGAGCCAGACCUGCACAUACCUCCACAACCUGGACUGGACCUUGGCUGUGGCCAUGCUUAACUCAGGUGUUAACCCCAUCAUUUACUCCCUCCGGAGCGUGGAGGUGCGCCGUGCUGUGGGCAGCCUCAUGUGCUGCUGCUGUGUCAGGGUUGGGCUUUGCAAACCUGGGAACUGCUUGUUCAUCACAGACAUCAACUCUGGCUCAUCCACAGAGAGUUCCCUCCGCUACCGGGAGAGCUUCCGCAGCUCUGUAGCACUGAACGCCCGUCCCAGAGCACCUCUGUCCAGCAAUUCCAGCAUGAUGAGCAAUCUCCCCAGCCUCUGA